CAAACGAGUGAGAUUUAGUUGGUGGGGAGAAUCGGAUAGCGAGUGGAAAGUCUGACCCGCUCACAGUCUCGUUGAUCCAGCUACGGGUAGUACGUACCGUGACGUGACAAUGGCGGUAGUCGUGAUUGCGAAACGGUACGUUAUUGUGAUCAGCUGAUCAACUGGGCUCGAACGAAAGGAUAAAAUCGAAAAAAAGAAUACGUGAAUAAAUCAUAAGAUAAAAGUUGAAGAGAGAGAAACGACAUAUUAGAGUUGUUCGAGAUAAUUAAGAAAGAAAAAAAAGAUGAUAAUUGCAUUUUCGGCGAUGUCAUUGUAUUUGUGAUUCGCUCUGUCUGUAGGGCACCGGUGCUCUUUUGUGUUGUGUAUAUAGUGGUCUGCAUUUUUGCGGGUGUGUUGUGUGCACGUAUGCGUGGAAUUCGCGAAAAGCGUUAGAUAAAUGUGUCUUAACCAUGCCUGCUGUGCGGAAGUAUAGAAGGGAUACCAGUGAAGUGAGCUGCUGUCUCAAAUAUGUGAUCUUUGGAUUUAACGUUAUGUUUUGGUGGCUGGGUUUGGGUAUUAUGGCUGUAGGUGUAUGGGCAUGGACCGAAAAAGACACAUUCAACAAUUUGUCUAGGCUCACGAAUGUAGCACUCGAUCCAGCAUUUAUCCUCAUUCUAGUCGGCACAGUGACAUUUAUAAUUGGAUUUACGGGAUGUGUCGGUGCACUCAGGGAAAAUACGUGCCUCCUAGCUACGUAUGCGAUAUUUCUGGCGUUACUGUUGUUAAUGGAGAUGGCAGCUGGUAUAUUAGGCUUUAUCUUUAAAGACUGGAUAAAGUCACAAGCGACUGGUGGGUUCCAAGCUUUUAUCAUUCAUUAUAGAGAAGAUCCUGAUCAACAGAAUCUCAUCGAUUGGAUUCAAGAGGAUUGGUUACAGUGUUGCGGCAUCGAGGGCCCUAAAGACUGGGAUCGCAACAAUUACUUCAAUUGUUCAUCGAGCGACAUUGGCUCGAGAGAAGCGUGCGGCGUGCCUUUUAGCUGUUGUAAACGAAAACCAAAUGAGAUUAUCAAAAAUAAACAAUGCGGCUACGACGUUAGGAAGCCUAGCUACACUGGGGAGAGGAGUAUAUACGAGAGAGGCUGUCUAAGAGCAGGCGAAGAAUGGCUAGAAUUGAAUCUCGUACCUGUCGCUGGUACUGUUGUCAGCACUAUGGUUUUACAGAACUUUGAAGUUGCCAAAGUGAUUUAUGAAAAAGGUUGUAUUCAAGCUGGGGAGGAAUGGGUCGAACGAAAUCUUCUUGCGAUUGUAACUGGGGCGGUUGCCACGGCCUUUGCGCAGAUUUUGGGGAUCUGUUUCGCUCAAAAUCUUCGAGCGGACAUAUUCGCUCAGAAGGCAAAGUGGCAUUGACAAUUCAGAGCCCCCACGGCAGUCUAGCAUCUUAUCCUAAUAGAUGCUAAUCAAUUGCGUUGAUCGAUUUGGGAUAAUCGUCCAAGAUCUCGAUAAACAUGAGACCUUUGACGUGAGAAUCGACACCAUUCCACGCGACAUUCCAGGAUUUAGAAGAAGAUCACGAAGAACGAAGUCUGAACGCGAUGUUUCUUUCAUCUCUCAUUUUCACCUUCGUCGUUUCGCAUGAAUUAUUCGGAAAUAAGAUAUUUCGAAAUUUGAUCGCACACGGUGGUCCGUUCUCAUUUUAUAUAAAUUAGGUAUAAGCGUAAUAAAGCUGUGAAUUAUGUUUAAGCGAGUAUAUACGGUUUCACAGUUUUAUUGAUAAUUACGUUGAAUUAUCGUUAUUAUGUUGUCGAGAGACAAUGUGUAUCGAAUUGGCACAGCUGUUUCGUUUGUUUUAUGACGAUGACACAACGUAGCGUAAUACUUGUUGCAUAUUCUGUAUUUUUGUCGAAAAAGUAACGAGAGAAAAUGAUUUCGCUUUCGUUUCGUUGUCGCGAUGAAAAUGAUAACUUGUGAU